AUGAAACAAUGGAGGGAGGAGGAGGACGUGGAGGACGUGGAGGACGUGGAGGACGUGGAGGACGUGGAGGACGUGGAGGACGUCAUGGAGGGCGACUUUAGGGCUGUCGAGGACGACGGGUGGGGGCCUUACGGUUACAGCAUCUUGUACAAGCAUCAGAUCAGCCUCCUGUCAUCCAUCGCCCUCUGCUCCCUCCUCUCCACCAGCUACGUGGCAUCCCUCUACCUCUGGCGGGAUGCGCUGAAGAUUCCCCGCAACCACCCGACCUCGAUCCGCCAGAGGAUCGUCAGUGUCUCCGUCGUCGCCCUCCUCUCCCCCGCUGUUGUCUGCUGCUUCCUCGAUGGAGGUCAAGGGAACUGCAACAUGGACAAGAUCUUGAGGGUAGUCGGCCUCAAGAACGACGAUGGUCCUCAACCUGACGGACCUGCUCCUCCACAGCUCCUGGAGGUGUUUCAGUGCUGGUGGGAUGCGAACAGGGUCAGGAAUCUCAUCGUUGGCCCAGUCACAGAGGAGAUCGUCUUUCGUUCCUGCAUGCUCCCGCUCCUCCUCGAGGCAGGGAUGAAACCUGGCCUUGCAAUCUUCAUCUGCCCCUUGUUCUUCGGAUCAGCGCAUGUUCACCAUGGGUAUCAGCUAAUGCUGGAGGGCCACAUGAAGAAGAACGUCGCCAUCAUCGUCAUCUUUCAGUUCUGCUUCACCACAGUCUUUGGGGCCUUCGUUUCCUACGUGUUCCUGCGCACGGGACAGCUCCUAACCAUUAUCUUGAUACACUCGUUCUGCAACAUGAUGGGCUUUCCCGCCUUCAGCGAGAUGUUCUCUCAUGCUUAUCGAUGGCUCAUCUGCCCCUGUCUCGUCGUUGGUCUCUUCGUCUUUAUCAGAAUGUUUGGUUCAUGGACCAUCUGA